AUGGAGUACCUAUCAAGGACUCUGAAAGUAGUGGGGGAGAAGACCCAGUUCAAGUAUCAGCCAAGGUGUAAGGGUGUGAAAUUGAACCACCUAUGUUUUGCUGACGAUAUUAUAUUGUGUAGCAGUGGUGAUUUUGUCUCAGUUUACACAAUGCUCCAAGGUUUCCAGCAUUUUUCUGAAGCCUCUGGACUUGAAGUGAACGUGCACAAGACUAAGAUGUUUACUGUGGGCUUGAACAAUGAAGCAAGGCAAAGGCUGUUGAAUGCAACGGGGUCUAAAAUAGGGAGCCUCCCCUUCAAAUACUUAGGGGUGCCCAUAAACCACAAAAGAUUGGUUGUGAAUGAAGGCUAG